UGCUCGGGUGUCACGUCGCUGAAUAUAAUCUAAAAUGCCGCUUCUAAUAUUGAUUUUGUAAUCAUUUUGAUUUGUUUAAUUAAAAAAUAUCGGCAUUAAAAAAUAUGAUCAAUCGGGAUAUUUUGUAUUUUGAUUGACGUUCACGACCACAUGACCUUAUUUGGUAUUCCCUAAGUAGGGAACACUACCCAGACUUCAACUGCAGUUCACAGCAGACAGUGAAAUAACUUCUUGGAUUUUCGAAUGCUUAUAAGACAACUUUUACAACAUUGUUUUGAUGGAGACAACAUUGUAACAAUGUCAAUGGAGAAUAUUGCAGCACCUCCUCCACCUCCUCCUCCUCCUCCUCUAUCAGUGUCCAGCAAGAAGAAGCUUUACCAGGCUUUAGCAGAGGGACGGGCCCCUGUAGAGGGGGACCAUGAAGAGGCGAGGAUUAUUAUAGGACAGAGAGAAAGCAGUUUUAGGAAGGAUCUGCAGUGGUUGCUGUUCAAUAAGUACGUGCCUUCACUCAUUCAAGAUGGUCCACAGUGUGGCCUUGUGGCCUUAUGGAUGGCGGCUCAUCUGCUGAAGCCUCCUCAGACGCUGGUCCUGGAGACGCUGGUCCAAACCGCAAAAAACAACGGCUACACUGAACAAGGAGAAAUGUUUUCUGCCAGUGACAUGGCCAAGCUGGCGGAGGAAGUGUGUGGGUGCAGAGUUCAGAGGUUAUCAGGAGGCAUGAUGGGAGAAAACGCCGCUGUCAUUCUUAAACACCUCGCUGGCGGACAGCCUGUUCUUAUACCAUACGAUGAGGAUUUUAAUCAUGAGCCCUGUCUACGCAAUGGUCACAAAGCCCACUGGGCAGUCAUCUCAGGUAUUUUACUAGGUUUAAAACAGGGGUGUGUGGACAGCAAACACUUCCCUCCUGACGUCACACUCCCCUGGCUGCAUCUCUCUCAGAACGAGGCGUCUGUCUCCUGGCCGAUGGAUGGCAUUGAAGAGGUGUUUGUUCUGGCUAAGCAGGGAAAGAGUCUCCGUUACCAGCUGUGGAGGUUUGAGUUGGUUACACAGAGCAACAGCCAACUCAAUGAAAUGGCCCCUCAGAGAGCCAGCGACGGGACGCGUUACGUGCUUCCUGUUGGUGGCGUACAAGAAGGACUGGCAGGACAAGUGCUGCUGCUUCACACCGACACACAGAUCAGCUGAUCAAGAACACCAGAGACUCAGAGUCGUUUCUGGAGUGGGUUGCACACCUGUGUUUUCAGUCUUCAUCCACUAGGUGUCCUUAAAGUUUGAGUGUUUGUAAAGCUGCUAAAGCUAAAUAUGAAGUGAUCAAGUUACUUUAUGUAAAACUAAGAAACUGAUGCAGAAUAACGUAAUUAUAUUACAUGCUCGUUACAGGCUGUGUGAUAUAAUUUGACACCUAUAAUCUGCACACUUUAUGAAUGAUAGGUGAUCCUGGUCAAAACGAACUGUUAUAUAACUGUUUUUCAGGAUUAAUUUAUGAAUAAAAGGUUAAAAAGAACAGCAUUUAUUCAAAAUAUAAAUCUUUUCUAACAAUAUAAAUCUUUACUAUCAUUUUUUAUCAAUUUAACACAUCCGUGCUGAAUAAAAGUAUUAA